AUGGGCUCCCGGCACCCGCCCGGCGGGCUCUGCCUGCUGCUGCUGCUGCUCUGCCAGCCCCUGCAGGACCGCGGCGCCCAGGCCGGGAACUGCUGGCUGCGCCAGGCGCGCAAUGGGCGCUGCCAGGUGCUGUACAAGACGGAGCUGAGCAAGGAGGAGUGCUGUGGCUCCGGCCGCCUCAGCACCUCGUGGACCGAGGAGGAUGUCAACGACAACACGCUCUUCAAGUGGAUGAUCUUCAACGGGGGCGCCCCCAACUGCAUCCCCUGCAAAGAAACGUGCGAGAACGUGGACUGCGGGCCCGGGAAGAAGUGCCGGAUGAACAAGAAGAACAAACCGCGCUGCGUCUGCGCCCCGGACUGCUCCAACGUCACCUGGAGAGGCCCGGUGUGCGGCCUGGACGGCAAAACCUACCGCAGCGAGUGCGCGCUGCUCAAGGCGCGGUGCAGGGAGCAGCCCGAGCUGGAGGUCCAGUACCAGGGCAAGUGCAGAAAGACCUGCCGGGACGUGUUCUGUCCGGGGAGCUCCACGUGCGUGGUGGACCAGACCAACAACGCCUACUGCGUGACCUGCAACCGGGUCUGCCCGGAGCCCUCCUCCUCCGAGCAGUACCUGUGCGGCAACGACGGGGUGACCUACUCCAGCGCCUGCCACCUGCGGAAGGCCACCUGCCUGCUGGGCAGGUCCAUCGGCUUGGCCUACGAGGGAAAGUGUAUCAAAGCAAAGUCCUGUGAGGACAUCCCGUGCAGCAGCGGGAAGAAGUGCCUGUGGGACUUCAAGGCCGGCCGGGGCCGGUGCUCCCUGUGCGACGAGCUGUGCCCCGAGAGCAAGUCCGAGGAGCCCGUCUGCGCCAGCGACAAUGCCACCUACGCCAGCGAGUGCGCCAUGCGGGAGGCCGCCUGCUCGGCCGGCGUGCUGCUGGAGGUGAAGCACUCCGGAUCCUGCAACUCCAUUUCCGAAGACACCGAGGAGGAGGAGGAGGACGAAGACCAGGACUACAGCUUCCCCAUUUCCUCCAUUCUAGAGUGGUAA